UAUCUCGCCUCGGCUGUUCCGGGUUGCUCGGCAUGUUCACCGCUGUCAGACACAAAACGUGUGACGUUAGUAGUUUUAAUAGUUGUCCCCAGUUAUGCACUGCACACGGGGCACCACUGUGCAAGUAGUAAAGCAUCAGAUGUAACGUUCACAGAGUGUUGUUGUCAGUCAAACCUUACGUGCUAACGCGCUAUGCUAACGUUAGCUCACUAACAACUAGUUGUGGAAGAGUCCAGAUGACCAGACGGAGGUGAGGAGAUGGGCUCUGUUCGCUGGGCUUUUCGCUGCGGGUCGUGGACACCGACUAGGUCUGACUGGCUGUUUGCUGCUCGUUGCAUUCAGCGGGAGGAGAAAGACAGAAUCGGACAGUUUGUGUUUGCUAAGGAUGCCAAGUCAGCCAUGGCUGGCAGGUUGUUGCUGAGGAAAUGUGUGUAUGAGAGGAUGGGGAUCCCCUGGUCAGAGAUCAGACUGGAGCGAUCCCCCAGAGGGAAACCUUACCUGGCAGCACCACUGAAGGUCAGUCCAGAUUCAGGUCCUGAACCCCCGGCCUGGAGUUUCAACGUGUCCCACCAGGGGGACUAUGCGGUGCUUGCUGCAGAGCAGGGGGUGCAGGUGGGGGUGGAUAUCAUGAAGACCACCAUGCCAGGUAGCAGCUCCGUGCCAGAGUUUUUCCGCAUCAUGACUCGUCAUUUUACCGCGUACGAGUGGAGCGUCAUCCAAUCGGGCGGCUUGGAGCACCAGCAGCUUGCCGCGUUCUACCGCCACUGGGCCUUGAAGGAGAGCUUCAUCAAAGCCAUCGGCACGGGUCUGGGCUUCAACCUGCAGAGGGUGGAGUUCCACCUGUCAUCUGAACCGCUCACACACAAACAUGCACUGCGCCAGACCAAGAUGCAUCUGGACGAGGAAGAAGAAGACGACUGGGUAUUUGAAGAGAGCUUGCUGGAUACUGAUCAUCAUGUUGCUGUAGCACUCGGACCAGCAGACAAUGCACAUCUUCGUCCAUCUCUUCCUCCUCCCACCUCAUUCACGCUGCUGUCAUUCAGAGACCUCAUCGCCUCGGCCUCACCUCUGACAGAGGAAGACCCCGCCUGCUGGGACAGCUUCAAGAUGAAGGCUGAAGCUCCACAGAGACAAAGAGAAACACAUGCGUCCAAAUAACCACCUGUCUCAUGCUGACACCUACACACACCCCCCCCCCCCCCCCCCCCCCCACACCCGGGGGGGGGGGGG